UGGACACCAUAACUACGGAUAUAUAAUAUAUUUCCUCCAGCGAUUAUUUCUGCACUACAGGCAUUGAAAGAGAGAACCAAACAUACACAUCUACAACACCCUCCCACCAGCUCUACCCUCCCUGCUGCGUUCCACUCACUUCCUCCCGGCCACCCACUGCCCCCUUUCCUCCCCCUCAGUACCCUCCAGGGUUCCUAUUAAGGGGUUCUCCGCGGUGUUCUGGAAAAGUUCCACACGCCCCGGGGCCCUCGGACCUUCAUGCGUCUCCCAGUGACAGAGUCCACCCACACCUUCACCCACCACACCACCACCAACACCACUACCACCACCACCAUGAGCUGCGAGCAAGAGUUUGGAGAGGGGGGCAUGAGCGUCACCCUCACACUGCGUCUCCUCAUGCACGGCAAGGAAGUAGGAAGCAUCAUCGGCAAGAAAGGGGAAACAGUAAAGAGAAUACGAGAAGAGAGCAGCGCCCGGAUCAACAUCUCAGAGGGCUCCUGUCCAGAGAGGAUCAUCACCAUCACCGGACCAACAGACUGUGUGUUCAGGGCCUUCACAAUGAUCACAUUCAAGUUGGAGGAGGACCUGACAGCCUUGGUCGCCAAUGGCACAGUGACCAGCAAGCCUCCUGUCACCCUACGAUUGGUUAUCCCAGCCAGCCAGUGCGGCUCCCUCAUCGGAAAGGGCGGGUCAAAGAUCAAGGAGAUCAGAGAGACGACGGGUGCCCAGGUGCAGGUGGCUGGCGACCUUCUCCCUAACUCCACAGAGAGAGGAGUGACGAUAUCAGGAAGUCAGGAUGCUAUAAUCCAGUGUGUUAAACUCAUCUGCACUGUAAUCCUGGAGUCUCCUCCAAAAGGUGCAACUAUUCCAUACCGACCCAGCCCCACCCCAGGAACUGUGCUGCUGUCAGGAAACCAGGUCUUCGAGGCAUCAGAUUUUGGCUCUCACCCCCUGUUCUCUAUGGCACAGGGAGGAAUGGACCUGCAGCAAACUUAUGCUGUUCAGAGCCAGUAUGGCAUUCCUCUCUCGCAGCUCGCAAAGCUACAUCAGUUGUCGAUGCAGCAACAGGGUCUGGCCCCCCAUCAGCCAAGCAGCUACACAGUCCUAACCGGAGGGGUGGAAGCGAAUUCCCAAACCACAUCUCAGGAGCUGCUCAUUCCAAAUGACCUGAUUGGCUCAAUCAUCGGUCGACAGGGCACCAAGAUAAAUGAGAUCCGGCAAGUGUCAGGUGCCCAGAUAAAGAUUGGCAGUCAGAUAGACAGCACCAGUGACCGUCAUGUCACCAUCACUGGUACUCCUAUAGCCAUCAACCUGGCUCAGUACCUGAUCACUUCAUGUUUAGAGACCGCCAAAUCCACCGCCCAGUCCUCCUCCAUGCCGUCUCCCGUUGACCUGACCAUGAGCUUCACCCAGCCCGCUCCCCCCGCCUCGUCCUCCUCCUCCUCCUCCCCCUUGGCAGCGAUGGGCGCCACGAUGCCCCACGCUCCCAUCCUGGGCGCUCCCUACACCCUCCCAUUCUCCAGCCUCCUGGGAGUGAAAUCCAUCCCUUAUCUGGCACUCUCCACCCCUCCCGCCCAAUCAGCAGCAGCAGCAGCAGCGGCGGCAGCGGCGGCCAUCGGCACCCCAAUGGUGGCGGGGUCAGUGCCAACAGCAGCUGCGGCCAUUCCGAUGCCGGCACACGCCGCGGCCGCUGCCCUGGCAUCCUACACGGCCAAGAUCUCAUCCUCAGCCAACGGGAUGAAGAAACCGGAGAGACAGAAGUUUGCCCCGUACUGA